GCUUUAUUGAUAAACAAACCUGGCAGUGGGUGUACAGCUGAAGUCGUGAUGUCGGGGUGUGUUUUUGCAGAUUUGUAAUGAAUAUCUUUCUUUUUGCCAUCUCAAAUCUGCUUCCACUUUUCCAGUUAAAAUGGAACUUCUUCAAGCAAGAGAUCAUUAUAUCAUCCAUGAUAAAGACAAUAGUCUGUGGUGUAAUCGCAACAACGGGAGCCUUGUCCCACACACAGGUUCAGCUGUAGCCAAUGCUUGGAAUCCAGUUUGUCUAGGAAAAGUUGAAGGAGUGAUUGGAAAAGUGAGAGUUUCUCCUGAGUCUGAUUGGAAGCUGCUUGUGAUCCGAGACAAACGCUUAGUGGGACAUUUAGCUGGAGGUCAUGCUGUAUACGGCAUCACUGACAUUUGCAUUAUUCCGCUGUCUGUGGCCGAGUCAACUGAAAAUCUUCAACUUCAGCUAUGUGAAAAACAUCAUUUUGGGAUAAAGAAGUCAAAGAAAAUAUCUGGACCAGUAAAUGAGAAGGUUUUCGAUAAGAUUGGAAACUCAUUGAAAAAAGCAACUCAGAUUAAACAGAAAGAAGUAAAGGAAAAAGAAAAGCAUGAAAAACGAAUUCUUGAUGAACUUUACAAAAUGUUUGCUGGCUCAGGUUGGUUUUACUACAGUCACACCCUUGAUCUCACAAACACAGUGCAGAGGAAUCAAAGAAAACAUGAAGACACCAGCCAGCCAGCAUGGUGCUCCCAUGAUCAACGGUUUUUUUGGAAUAUGCAUAUGUUACAAGACGUUCUUCAAUAUGAGAAUCAAAGUCUAGCUUCCAAUUGGAUUCUGCCGAUAAUUCAAGGUUAUGUACAAAUUGGAGAAUUUCCAGUCUCCAUGGAAAAUCCAUCAAGUACUUCCACAGAACAAGAAACAUUUACCGUCGCUCUGAUUUCCCGUCGAAAUCAAUACCGUGCAGGUACAAGAUAUAGAAGGCGUGGAGUAGAUUCAACUGGUGCAUGUGCAAAUUAUGUAGAAACUGAGCAGAUAGUGCAUGUGGCAGAGCACUGCAUGUCGUUUGUGCAAGUCCGAGGUUCAAUUCCAAUACACUGGAGCCAAGCAGGUAUCAAAUACAGGCCUCCACCAAAAAUAGACAAAAGUGAAACUGAGACACAGCAUGCAUUCCAGAAGCAUUUUGAGGAGCAGCUGAAGAUAUAUAAACAAGUUGUUGUAGUGAAUCUUAUCAACCAGUCUGGUAGAGAGGACAUUGUAGGCCUUCCAUUCCUGAAGCACAUCAUUAUGCUAAAUAGUCCUGACCUGACGUAUGUGACAUUUGACUUCCAUGAGUACUGCCAAGGUUUAAAGUUCGAAAGGGUUGCAAUUUUGACAGAAAAAUUGAAAGGGGUUUUGGAAGAUAUGAAGUUCACUUGGGUGGAUAAAGCUGGAAUGAUAUUGGAGCAGAACAGUGUGUUGCGUAUUAACUGCAUGGAUUGUCUGGAUAGGACUAAUGUCGUAGAGUCAGCUGUUGCAAAGAUUCUCCUACACUAUCAGCUUACAAAACUUGGACUAUUAUUACCUGAUGAGGAACUUCCAGAAGUCUUAGGCAACACGUUUCGACAGUUGUGGGCUAACAAUGGAGACACAAUCAGCAGACAGUAUGCUGGGACAGUUGCCUUGAAGGGAGAUUUCACCAGAACUGGGGAGAGGAAGUUCUCUGGCCUAAUGAAAGAUGGUUACCAUUCUGCCAGCAGAUAUAUCCAGAAGACUUUCAAAGAUGCUUAUCGACAAAUGACUAUAGAUAUAAUGCUAGGUAAUCCAGUAACGGGAGAUUUGCUCAUGUUUAGUGAAUCAACUGAUAAUGGUGAAGUAGAGAGUGAGAAGACAUGGCAACUAGACAAAGAGGAAAACAUCCAAGGCCUCAUUGAUGAUUGCAAGAGAAUGCUGCUGCCACGAAAUGAGGUCAAAGACAUCUUAGGUGGAUGGGCUCUGAUGGAUUGUGACGAACCCAGUGAAUCUGAAGAAUUUGAUGAAGGGGAAGAUGUGAUUUUGUUACUUACUACCAGAACAUAUUACUUUGUCAAGUAUAAUGAUGAUGGAGAAAGGAUCACAGAGUAUGAGAAAAUUCCAAUUGAGGAAAUGCAGGCAAUUGAAAUAGGAUCUGCUGCCACGUUCUUCAGUGAUUCUAAAGAGAAGUGUCUACGAAUCCUGUAUUCAGUCAAUGGUGAGGAAGGAUUCUUCCGGACAUUGAAAGCGCUCCCUAGAUUCCAGAUGCAACUUAAUGAAGAUACAUUGCAAGAUGUGAUAGAGAGGUUUGCUCAAGCUAGAGCAGCAAACAGUUUAGGACUUAAGGUGGUAGAGGGCAAGAUGGUCAGAACACCGAGUAAGUCUUCACCUCAUGUGCUCCGUAUGACAUCACAAAAGCGAUUCACCAUGUGGCUACAAGAUAAGGUGCUUCCAGACCAGAAAAAACGAAUUCAAAAUUCAGGCACUCACUCGGUGACUAAAGCCUUUAAAGAUGUUGGUGAUCGCUUCUCAAAACUCAACCCAUUGCAAAAGAUGAGGUUUAAAAAGUCAACCAAUGAGAAAGAUAGUCUGCAGAAUGAUAAUCAAAAUUCUAAUGACGGAUCAAAUCAAGACAUUCCAGAUAUGUAUGUCAGUUCGGAAAACCAACAAGAUUAUGUAAACAGCGGGCUCGGCGAAGAUGGUGAAUUACUUAUACCAUCUUGUGGUAUUCUUGCUACAGAUCCCGACAGAAAUACAAAAAGUCUCUCAAAUAGUUCUGUCAAGUUUACAAAAGAUGGUAUGUACAAGGAAGAGGUCAGAAUAUGUGCAAAUCAGUUACCAGAGGAUGAUGUUGAUAGAGUCGUAGAGGUUGAUGUACAGAACUCUGAUGAUUUGUCUGGAAGACAGACCAGUCCUAAGUUUUCUUUGGGAAUUGACAUUUUCAAAGUUCCAGUUAAGUCCCAUAGUGAGAACUCACUAGUGAGUUUUUUCAGGAAGAAUAUGCCAGAUAAUGCUUCUGAAAACAUACUGGAGGAUCUUGAGGAAGCCAAAAAAGAGUCUGCUUUAGCGAGGCUAGCAAAUCCUCUUAAAAAUAUCACAGGUAAUAUCAAUCGGGGUGAACUAAAACGUGAAGAGUUUGUCCGGCGAAAGGAGGAUCUGCUAAGAGAAUUGCAAUGCGAAGAUUGUCAUACAAAGUUCAUUCUACUUUGAUGUAAACCUCGACAUAUAUUCUCUGCGAUUUAUUGGAUACAGUUGAACUUACCUAAGUCGAAUCCAAAAUGACAUUGACAUAUUGUUCGACUUAGAUAAGAUUCAACUUGCAGAUUGUUAAUUAAUGGAAAACAACAAUUUGGCAUGUAAAAUAAGAACGACUUAGAAAUUAUUUGACUAAGGCACAGUCGACUUAGGCAAGUUUAACUGUAGUUUAAACAUGAUAGGCAAUUAGAAAUAUAUAAAUCCACAUUUCUACUUAAUUGAUUGUAUUUAAUUUGAUGUCUCGUAUGAACUCAUUUGAUAAAUUUUAAUGUAUCAUUUUAAACUUUUUGGCUGCCAAAGAUAAUGUAAAGCUUGGUUAUUUAGUCAAACUGUAACAAAUUCAGAAAAUAGAGAGCUACAGCUAUAAUAUCCACUAUUGUGUUAUGGUAUGCAGACUUUAGAGCAAACAUCAGGAUUUUUUCUUGGGACAUCUCCACUUCAAGCCUCACGGAGCUAAUGGUCCCUUGGAUUUAAUAAGAACAUUAUAUUUUUCUUUAAAUAUAUUUAUAUUUACAUGAAGGCAUUUGAUCUUUUAGUACUGAAUCUUAGAGGACACAAGCCCCUCUCUUGCCUUCACCAUUUUAAACUUUGAUUUUGAAUAUUCUACAGUUGAUGGCUUCUCUACUUAUAAAUACUAUAGCAGGACAGAUGUCAUCAUUGCCUUGUUUUCCUGAUGUUGUUGUACUUAUUGAUUUAAAUUGUAGAAAUCAUGAUGGUAACAGCCCUCCUAUUUGUUUUGUUAGGAAUAUGAACAUGGUGUGUAUGUGGGCAUAUUGUGCUAUAUUUUUGUGGAAAAGCAUGCUAUUUAUGUAGACCCUGUUCAGAUGAUAAAUUGACCUAGUAAACAACUGUGUUAGAUUUGGGUUGUUAGAUAUUGUAGAAGCGUUUCAUCUGUUUCGGCUUGGAAUCUGAACCUUGAGGUGAGGUUUAUUAUUACUGGAAUUGAAUUUGUUCCUUGUUUAAUAGGAUGUUCUUGUGGUUGAAAGUCAUAUUAAGCUUAAUAAUUGUUAUUUAUUAUUGAUAGUAGGAUUAUUAUGAUUAAUAAUGUUAAUAUACAAUAGUGUUUUUUAUGCAAUUACUAAUGUUUUUAUUAAAUUAUAAUUAAUAAAAUUAUUUAUCCAUAUAAAUAUUUAACUGUCUAAUAAAUCUAAUUAUUGACAUCUUAUAAUGGGAGCAUUUAAGUAAGAAUAUUUAUUUGUUGAUGUCAUUUAUUGUUUUGAACAUAAGAAUAAAAACAAAUUUUUAUCUUUAGCUUAUGAUGUAUCCCAUCAUUCCUCCAAACGGAUUUACUCAUACAACUUACAGGAGAGAUGAUAGCAAAGUGUCUACUUGCCUGAAAGCAUAGCUACUGUUGUUGUCAAAAAAAAACCAUUUCUUUUUGUAUUUUUGGGAAUAAUGCAACACAAGACUGAUUCUACUACAAUUCAUAAAGUUUACUGUAUUCAUUCAUCAGGUUAAAUGUUGUAACAGAGUAAUGGCCAGUUAUUUGAACUUAAGUUACUGUAUUGUCAUUGCAAUUGUAAAUGGUUUGUGACGAAGUUUACCAGUACUGUGUAUUUUUGUUAUGUAAAUUUUUUUUAUUUUGCAGUUUUUUCAUUCAUAUUUUGGUACAGUAUUUAGAAGUAGUCCAGCAUAUGAUAAUCUUGGAAAAUGUGGAAUUUCAGAAUCCAUUAAGUAUAUUUUGCAUAUUAAUCUUUAUUUAUGGGCUUAAUAUAAGCUGUUUCAGUAAGUGCAAUGCAUGAGACCUAAAUGAUGUUUUUGUUAAGAUGCAACAUAUAUAUAUAUAAGAUAUAUUGGCUUAAAAUGAUUAAUAGGAAAUAUUAUGGUUUUAAUAAUUAAAAUGUUUAUUUGACUAUGAAAACAACAUACAGGUAUGUGAUGUUGAUGAUAUUUAUAUGAUCAAAAUGAUGCUGACGAUGAUUAUAAUAGUUAAAUAUAUAGUUCUUUUAUGGUAAUCCAAAAAUCAAGUACAAGUAAGGAUGGUGUAAACUUAUGGAUGCACUUGAAAAAUGUUACCUAUUAUUGAAUUCAAUGAAUUUAUUUAAUACUUUGAUUAUGAUAGUGAUGAUUUUGUUUGUGCUCAGUGAUAAUUCAAAAUCUGGUAGGCGAUUUUGUUUAUUAAUGUUCUAGCCAUCACUCUUCUCAUGCAUUUGGUUGGUAAAAUGGUAAGCACAGGGCUAAAAGUCAUUUUUAAGAUAUCAAAUAAAUUGAUGAAGAUUGAAAAGUGUCAAACCAUGGACUUUUAACUGCACAUACAAUUAUUUCGGAAAAUAGUGUUUUUUUUUGUUGGAAAAUGAUAAAUUCAGAUCCGAUUAUACAUAUUCAAGAUAUAGGUUGAGUAACAGAAAUUGUAGUAUUCAUGUGUUUAAGAGUGCCCUAUAUUUACUAAACAAUAUAUGGAUUAAUUUGUACAAAUAUAUUACUAUUUUAACAGAUUAUUUGUAUGUACUACACAAUUCAUAUAUCCUGUAGUUAAUGGUUCUAUAAUAUUUUUUCAAAGGAUUUGACAAACAUUAUGAACAUUGACAAUUAAUAUUUCAAUAAUAAGAUUUAAUAUUGCUUUUGUAUUUUUAUGGUUUUAGGAUUUUAAUAUGUUAUACAUUGGUUUUAAAAACAUUUAUCUGAUGUGCAAUCCACAAUUUUGAAAACAGUAGUUUUAUAGUAAGUGGUUUUGUUAAAGAAUGUUAUUUAUCUCGGCAUUGUUCUCAAAAAGAAAAAAAAAAGAAUGCAAUUUUUAUUGUUUAUAUUCAGAAAAAGUGUAGUACUGAAGGAAGAUAAUAUUUGAUUGACAUGGAUGUACUCAGUUUUAAUGUGAAGGAUAUCAACUGCUAUUAAGCUUCCCUGGAUGAGUAGAAGCCUUAUAUUUAUGUAGAUUUAUUUAAUGUAAGUGGAGCAAGUGAGUGUAGGAGUGAGGCACAAUUUUGGAAUCCAUUUUUGUAAUGAAAUUUGACAAUUUUAGUCGGAUGUUUCAUUCCCAAAUGCCUAUUAAUUCUGAUCAAAGAUAAUCUUCCAUAUAGCAUCUAGCUCUAGGUGUAUUAACAUCAUUGGCAUUUGGUAUGUUUUUAGCCAUAAAACAAGUUUAGACUGUUGCUAUGAUGUCAUGCCAUUAAACUGGUUUAGCUUGGUUUAGAUGUAUGUCAUGGCAUCAACUAGUUUAGACACUGGGUAAAUAUUCACACCAUUAAACUUUAAAACCCAUUGUAUAGUUUAUAACAUAAUGGGCCAUAUAUUUGUAGCUUCUAAAGCUCUAUCCAAUGUGUAGCAGGCGAUUAUAAAUCAAACUAUACCAUGGACUUUUAUACAGGUUUGUUUUUUCUGAUGUUGGUAGAUUUACCCCUGAGCUAUUUCUUGUGUGGUUGUUUUGUCCAGUUUGUAUUAAUUAUAAUGAGUGACUGAUGAAAAGUGUAUUCUAUAAACAUCUGUUAUUGUUGACCCCUAAAAAAGAUCUUUGUUGUCUGCUUACUUUUGCAACAGUACAAUGUUGCGUCAAUAAAGCAAAUAAACUUG